UUGCAACGGAACACAUAUCCAAGACUAGACAACAUUAUAUGACUUGAAGACACUGAAGACAGUUCACCUCUAGUUACUGCCGUGUAAUAAUCAUGGACUCUGUCGUUCAAUACAUUACAGACGAAAGCGUCAAGCUUUGGGACCGAAGAGAUAGGCGAACAGAUGGGUGGCUGCUGACGGAGUCCCCACUAACUCCAGUUGUGAUAUGUCUGGCUUACUUGAUUGGGGUCAAAAUCCUGGGACCGAAGCUGAUGCAAAAUCGACCAGCCUACGAGUUGCGGGGUGUCCUGAUGGUUUACAACGCAUUCCAAAUCAUUUUCAACGGUUGGAUGUUCUACCACAUUUGCCGUCUGACAUGGUUCAACGGAUACAGUUUCAUUUGCCAGCCCGUGGAUUACUCCGACAACGAGGAUUCUCUGCAACUUAUUAAGAUGGGAUACUGCUUCUACAUCUCCAAAUUUAUUGAUUUUCUCGAUACCAUAUUUUUCAUCAUGCGUAAAAAGAACAGUCAGAUCACUUUCUUGCACGUCUUCCACCAUGCUAGUAUUCCUCUGACUGUUUGGAUUGUCUUCCGGUACAUCCCGGGCGGUCAAGCAUCUUUCCUACCCACCUUCAAUUCUUUGGUCCAUUUCGUCAUGUACUUCUAUUAUCUCAUGGCAGCGAUGGGUCCGCAAUUCCAGAAAUAUUUGUGGUGGAAGAAAUACCUGACCGUUUUCCAGAUGGUUCAGUUCUUUCUUGUUGGUCUGCACGGCUUGCAAUUGUUGUUCAUCGAGUGCGACUUCCCCACCGCCUUUUCCUGGUACGCUCUCGUGCAAACCGUAUUCUUUUUCAAUCUUUUCAAAAACUUUCAUUCCAACGCUUACAAACAAAAGCAAAUUAACAACAACAAUAACAACAUCUCCAAAAAAAUCAAGUAGGCUACCGGUACUGAUGCAGUCUGUCGAUACCAAAACUAUAUCGUUCUUUACUUCGUGGACUCAAGGUUCAAUAAUUUGCGCCCAUGUUUAUUUGUAUAAGCUAUACUUCCAUCGUCAUCCACCUCAUUCCCCGUUUCACAAUUUCACCCCCCCCCUCCCUCCCCCGACAGUUAAAAUGAGUCUUUAAAAAUAUAUAGUUUGUUGCAAUACAGUUUCUACAAAUCGGA